AUAAAACGUUAUAAAAUGGAUGUCAAAAAAUUUGUUUCAUUAUCAAAACAAUUUUUUGAAGCGCUGUUCAAGAUCGAAAGAGAGACUGAAAGAAUGAGGGAGCAGCUAGCAGAAUUUGAAAAUUUCGAGCCUUUUUCCGUCUAUAGGUGAGUCGAUAUCCAUAAAAUUGGAUACAUAAAGCCCAAAAUGCUCCAGAAAUACCUCCUUAGGGAGGUGACUGUUGAAGAAUGCAAGGAGAUUAUUGAGUCGAUCUCUAAACCAAGGGAUCCAAGCACCUUAACCUUCAAAGAAUUUUACAAUUAUGUGAUGCCGAAUGCGAAUAAAUAAACUAAGAAUGGAUGCCCUUUCUAGAGAACAGAGGUUUGUAGAUGUUCCUAAAGCUGAAAGAAUGGAUGAAGGCAGGAUCAAACAAUAUGUUGAGUUGUUUACUGACAAGCUGAUUCAUCAACAAAAGAAGAUUCAUCUUUUACUGACUAAUAUGUUCAUACAGGAGCUGAAGAUCAUUCAUCUGUUUCAUAUGGAAAAAUACCAGAUUGUCGUGACAACUUCUAUAUUAAACAUUGGUAGUCAGAAAUCUCUUCCAACUACGUAUAAUGCUAUGCACAAGAUCGAGGCAAGAGAUGUGCUCAAGUAUUUAAAAAGCAUUGGUGUUCAAGCCAGCUGGAACGAAGUAGACUUCCUCAUUCGGAGAUUUCUGUUCGAAUCUCAAUACUUUAGAGUCCCCAGACCUUUAAGAUGGGGCUCUAAGGACAAUCAAAAUACAGAAUCUGAUGAAACUCAUUUCGAGUCUGUUGAUUUGAACUACCAGAAAAUAUACAGGCAGAGGGUUAAUAAAAGUGCAAAGAGUCUGGGCAAUAGCGACACUAAGAUGACUAUAAAGCACAGAUAUCAUCCUUAUGAAGAGAAUCAAAAGAAGGGGUAUAAAAACUUUAUGAAUGGGUAUAAAAAGAACAGAAAAUCUCAAUCUACCACUAGAGAAAACAAGAUGGCGACAUUGGAUAACUUUCCUUACCAGGAGUAUCCCCCUCAGCUAGUUCUUCCCUUAGACAAGACUCCACCAAGUGUCAUGAAGUUUUCAAAAUAAACUGGCAGCUACCAAUUUCAACAAGCAGAAGAAAGUACCGAUUAAGUUUGCCCAAAGAUCCAAAAGGUAAGAUCCUUGAAUGUUAUUAACCUUAUUCAGUGC